CUGGUCCACCUGCAGCCCCUCAAACUGCACCUGCUGGACUUUUCCCAAUGCGACGCUCAGGAAGCGGCUGCUUUUGACAUGAGAGGACCUUCACGUCUUCCUUGGAUCAUCGCUACCCCGGACACUGCCUGGAUUAUUGUAGUCCAUACUUUAAAAUUACAAAGACCCUUAAACUGAGUUUGUAACCCUUCACAGACCGACCAUGAUGUGCUCUCGUUCGCCCCCCUCACUCCCUCACCUGUUGUCGCUGAGGUUCCUGGGUACCGUGGCGCCCAGGACGCUGUCUUCCAGGCAGCCUGCGGCCCUUCCAGCCACCUUGGCCUUUGAGGAUCCCAGCGCCUUCAGAGUGAAGAGCUGGGGCGAGCUGCUGCGCGCCUUGGCCGUCUUCCGCCUCUGCUCCUUCCCCGCGCUCGUUAACAACUGUGGGAAGCUGAUGUCCAUCGCACGCGGCCUGCUGGGAAAGAGGGGCUUCUCCUUCCUGCUGCGCCCCACUGUGUAUGCUCAGUUCGUGGCUGGAGAAGACGAGAGGGAGAUCUCUCAGUCCAUGCAGAAGAUGAGCUCGCUGGGACUGAGGCCCAUGCUGGCGGUGCCCAUCGAGGAGGACCUGGGAGAAAGCACCGGAGAGAAGAGGUAUGAGGACAACAUGGAGGCCAUGUUGGAGUGUGUGCGGAUGUCCCACAGCAACGCUUGGAGCAAGGACCCGAUGAUGCAGCUGAAGAUCACAGCGCUGCUCAGCCCAGAGCUGUGUGUGAAACUCACAACGCUCAUGACACAACAGCCGUACAGCUUGAGUCUCCUCGUCAGGGCAAUGGAUGGAGAGACCGUCAGCUUCCCAGGUUUAGAGCAACGCGAGGCCUCACACUUCCUCUGUGGCCUGCAGAGACUCAACAGAAUAGCAGAGGCAAGCGUAGGCAAAGUCAGAGUCUUGGUGGAUGCAGAGUACACCUACAUGAACCCUGCCCUCUCUCUUGUCACCAUGGCGAUGAUGAAGAAGUUUAACAAAGAUGGCGUCUGGAUUUGGAACACAUAUCAGUGUUACCUCAAGGAGUCCAGGUCUCUUCUGUUGGAGGCUCUGCGUUUGUCCAGCGAGGAGGGCUUUGGUCUGGGAGUCAAGCUGGUACGAGGAGCCUACAUGGACAAGGAGAGGAAGCUGGCAGAGAAAGAGGGUCGACCCGAUCCCAUCCACCGGUGCUGGGAGGACACCAACGACAGCUACAACGGCUCUCUGAAUGAGCUGCUGGGAGUCAUUUCCCAGAAGCCAGAACGCUACAGGAUCAUAGUCGCCACCCACAACGAGGAGUCAGUGAGACGAGCUGCUAAAUGGAUGGAAGAGUUGGGAAUCGACAAGGAUGGAGGUUCAGUGUGUUUUGGUCAGUUGCUGGGGAUGUGUGACCACGUCUCCCUCACACUGGCCAAGGAAGGCUACGCUAUUUACAAGUCAGUGCCCUACGGCUCAGUGGACGACACACUCCCCUACCUGGUCCGUCGGGCUCAGGAGAACCGCACUGUGUUGCAGGGAAUCCGCAAAGAGAGAGACCUGCUGAGGCGAGAGCUCCGAAGGAGACUCCGCCAGUGUGUGAAGGGAGGCAGCUAACGGGGAACGAGCACUCAGGGAAAAGCGUGUGAAUCAGGUUCAUAGACAAUGAAGCAGGAGACAUACGGUGUCAAACAGAUUCCUUGAGGGCCUGUUUUCCUGCUGAUUACCUUGAACAGGUGUGUUAGUUGGCUCAUGCAGCCGCUGAUUGACUGAUCACACCUGAUCAAGGUAAUCAGCAGGCUCUGGGGAAGAGAGUUGGAAAACCAACAAGGGACUGGUUUGAGUUUGACAACCCUGGUUUAGAUUCUUAGACAUCAGCAUGGUCAGUUUAAUUAUUGAGCUCCUGAAGCAAACAAUUGACAAAGAGACAUGACUGUGAUGGUGACAGUGAUAUGUUUCCUGACCCAUUUACCUUUGACCAUGCGCCAGGCUGCUGAAAUUGCUCCCCACUAAAGAUCUCAUCUUUAAAAUUUGUUUUCAGUUGUUUCAACAAGUAUAUACGGAAAUAUUUUUCAUAUUUACUGCAGGCCUUCUUUUAUGACAAUUUGUGUCUUAAGAAAAAGUCAAACCAUCAGUCAAUUCAAAACACAAUUUAUUAUUUAAAGUAAUGACUUGACUCAUCUGUUGCCUCACUGCAGAGUCACAGGCUAUCAUCACUGCACUGCCUUUGUUUUUACACAUUUCUGUUUGAAAUAACCUUAAAAACAUUUCACUUUUAUUCUGAAAGGUCAGCCCAAGUACAGAAAUAAUGUUUGCAAAUUAGUAGCGAUGGUGGUUGUUUUGGAAUGAAGACUAGCCAACAAUGU